AGACUCGGCUGUUUCACCGUCGGACUGUUUUUACUGCGACACAGUUUCUGCUCACCGACGAGGAAGUCAACAUGUCGAGUUCAUACAAAAGCAGGAUUCAGGAAUUUAACACAGCCCUAAGCGAGGAGAAGAUUAACUUGGAGGCGUUGCGUGAGCGGUGCUUUAGCGGAAUACCCUUCGAGGGUGGCAUCCGCGCCUUGUGCUGGAAGAUUCUGCUGAACUACCUUCCCCUGGAGAGGGCAUUAUGGGAUUCCUUUCUGAAGAAGCAGAGGGAGGUUUACGCCCAGUUCCUGAAGGAAAUGAUUAUUCAGCCUGGCAUCGCCAAGGCCAACCUGGGGCUCUCCAGAGAGGAUGUCACCCUGGAGGACCACCCUCUCAAUCCAAACCCAGAAAGCAGGUGGAACAACUACUUCAAAGACAAUGAGGUGUUGCUGCAGAUUGACAAAGACGUCAGGCGCCUGUACCCCGACAUGGCCUUCUUCCAGAGGGCCACUGAAUACCCCUGCCUGCUCAUCCUGGACCCGCAGAAUGAGUAUGAGACUCUGAGGAGGCGUGUGGAGCAGACGACCCUCAAGGCACAGACGGUGGACCGCAACCGCAGUGGGGUUACCAACGUGAGCUCUCCUGGCAAAGCCCAGAAUCUGUACCCGUCCAGCGAGUAUGAGGUCCUGCCCAAUGGCUGCGAGGCCCACUGGGAGGUGGUAGAGCGCAUCCUCUUCGUCUAUGCCAAGCUGAACCCGGGCAUCGCCUACGUGCAGGGCAUGAACGAGAUCGUGGGGCCCAUCUACUACACCUUUGCCACGGACCCCAACAGCCAGUGGAAAGAGCAUGCCGAAUCAGACACCUUCUUCUGCUUCACAAACCUCAUGUCAGAGAACAGGGACAAUUUCAUAAAGAGCCUGGACGACUCGCAGUGCGGCAUCACCUACAAGAUGGAGAGUGUCUACUCCACCCUCAAGGAGAAGGACGUGGAGCUCUACCUCAAACUGCAGGAGCAGAACAUUAAGCCCCAGUACUUCACCUUCCGCUGGCUCACGCUGCUGCUGUCCCAGGAGUUCCUGCUACCCGACGUGAUCCGCAUCUGGGACUCGCUCUUCUCUGACAAAGACCGCUUCAGCUUCCUCAUUCUGGUCUGCUGUGCCAUGCUCAUUCUGAUCCGGGACCAGCUUCUGGUGGGCGACUUCACAGCCAACAUGAGGCUGCUGCAGGACUACCCCAUCUCUGACGUCCACACCAUCCUGAAGAAGGCCAAGCAGCUGCAGGACGAGGCGUAGCCCCCUCUGCCCUCACGCACACACAUACGCACACACACCCCCCGCCAUGGAUUGGAACAGCACGGCACUCUGGACAACCACGAGCCUGAACUGUGGCGGGCAGCGGUGGCAGGCGCCUCGGCGAAUGCCGAGGACCGGCAGGUUGCCCCGCCUGUGUUGCGCCGCAGUGCAUCGUGGGAAAAGACCAGUGGAUGUCCUUCCCGCCCGCAGAGUCGUCGUCCUGCAGCCCCAGACGGUAUUCUGUUUUAAAGCUAUUUAUUUUUUCACUGAUGACUUGAAAACCAAAAAAAAACUAAACUCUGUAUAAUUAGAAAUUAUUACAAUAUCAUCUCAUUAUAUAGUAUACAUUACACAGAAUCAAACAGAGCUAUAAGACUGUUAUUUUAUAGUAUGAUCCUGGACUUCCCCCAACAUUAACUUUAUUUUUUAUUUUUUUCUCUUAUAUUUUAUUUGUGUAUCAUGUACAAAACUUACUUUUUCAGCUGUCAGGGAGAGGGAGAGAGUAAACAGAGCGUGCAUCCCGUGAUAGUGUGUUAGCCCUUGAUGAUGAUGCGUGUUUGCAGCCUGAACACUCCCUUCUGCACCUGCGACCUUCACAGAUCCGCCCCCGUCUUUGGUUUCCGUUUGAGUGGCUGCCAUGGCUUUGUAGUCGCAUCCAUAUUCACUGGGAACCCGAAUCGCUCAAGUGGCAAAAUUCUGUGGUUUGGAUGGAUAAAAUUGUAUGUCGCUAAAUAACACAUAAAAGGUAUGUGUGUGUGUGCACCAAUCAGGGUCCCCCCUAGCGUGUGUGUGUGUGUGUGUUCGCGCACCAAUCAGGGUCUCCCAAUGUGUGUGUGCGCACAUGUGGGUGAAUCCAUGUGCUGCCAACCGCCAAGCUGUGGAAACCCGGCGCCCCCCAGUGGUGACUCUGUUCUGAACUCUCUGGAGGUCUGACUUCCCCCUCAGAUCUACAGGGAUAAUCUGAUGUGUUUUUUUAAACUAAUGGCCUGAACCCGAGACACAGGGUGGGGUGUGCAGACUCCCAUAUGGGGCUUUAAACCAAGGAACAGUCGCUAAUAACUAUCGGGCUACUUUGCAGCUCCCCCUGUCGCCAGUCUGUCAUGUUUUACAUGCAAGUUAUUGCUGCAUUUGUGCUGUUAGCUUGUCCUGGGGUGCGGGCUUGUCUCGGGGGGGGCAGGCAUGCCCUUCUGGCCACAAUUCCCACAUUCGGGUUUAUUGACAUAAUCAGGAGGGUCCCUCCCUUCGCUUGCUGCUGUCAAACUAUGAUACUAAUCUACAAAGAAUCACCUUCUGUGAUGUACACUACGCCUGCGGUCUUAGAGAGGCUUGUGUAGACAAACAAGAAAGUUUGAUCCUCCGUCCUACACUUGGCUGUCAAACACCCAUCCCCCUAUUAACACCCAUUGGCCAACACCCAUCCCCCUAUUAACACCCAUUGGCCAACACCCAUCCCCCUAUUAACACCCAUUGGCCAACAAUCCAGAGUUGAAGAGCAGUGUGCCUUUCACUGUAAGACACCAGCAACUGCAAUGUGCCUGAGGUACCUCCAGGGGGCACUAGCAGGCCGCUUUUGUCUUGGCCACCAUGCCACCCCCUACCCCUUGCUGGAGCUGUCUGCCCAUGUGGAUGUUCUGCUGUGCCUGGGUGCUGCAGUUUCUCUCGGUUUUCCUUCCAUGGUCCUAAGCUUUGACUCCACUCCUUGUGUGCUGGUCUUCACUUUCUGUAAGCUCUUAUAAUGCCCCCCCCCGCCUUUUUUACUUCCUUACAGAGAAAACACCCCCCUCUGUCCAAACUGAGGGGUGCAGUUUGUUGUGAUAUCACUUGCACGCCUUGAGACAUACAGGCAACGAUUGUCUUUGUUGAUAAGCAGGCUGGUUCGAUCCUUCCGUUUUUAUAUUUUAAUGCACUGUCCUGGCAUUGGAGGAAUUUUAAAACACUGACAAACCCCAGCGUUAUUCUCCAUUGAUGUUUUAGUUUUAUUGUCGGUCAUUGCAUUACCGUGUAGUUUUAAAGUUUAUAAAUGCUCAGCCUUUCUGUUUUUUUGUGAUAGAUGGUGGCCUUGUGCAAACAGGAAGCUUCAUGUUUAAAUAUGUCGAUUCUUGGAUUAAAUAUGUUGAGCUAAAUCUCCUGCAUGUGGCCAGACAUACACACUCCCUACAGCCCAUACUGACUACAGAAAUGUUUGUGUUCGAAUGUAUGUUGUUAUGCUUUUCUUUGUUACAGUUACUUAUUUAGUUUGCUAUUUUGAAAGACCCGUUUCCGAGUGAAUAAGAUCAGUUAAUGACGUGCCUUUUUUAUUUUAAUAUCCUAUUUUAAAAAUAUAUUAACAUGUGAGUAACCUGGUAAAAAUGGUAGAUAAAGAAUUGCUCCAGAUGAGUUAAGCUCACUCACUUCUUGGGGCUGAAGAGAUGGAGGUCGGCCUGACCGUGUCAGAUCAUACAGACAGAGUUUCAGUGCCGCCGGCAGUAUAAAAGCGAAGUAAUUGUGAGGCAGAGAAAGACAGAAGGAAAUGGCCUUUCGUUAAAUGUCCAGAAAGGAGGUCAAUGAAUUAAAUAGGAAAAAUCUGGGAUUUUACCGUCAAGGUUUUGGGUCCCUACUGUCUUUCCUCUGCUGGGUUUCAUUCCCACUUUAAUUGAAUUAAAUUGUCCAAUUAGAAUGCCGAUCGAUACCAUUCGCCUUUUCCAAAAAAAAUGACAGUAUUUCCUGAAUACGCCAGGAAGUAACUGCGAUAUUCUAAGAAAGGGAGUAAUUUCGGUUCCAAAUCUGCAAAGCCUGCUCAAAAUGCUGAUACUCCAGUGUGAAGAGCCAUCCAGUAAUUAUGUUAUGGCUUCAUUAUCGGUACCAUUUAUGUUAUUUUGUUCUCCAGGUUAAUUAAUGAAGGAUGGUGUAAUGUAAUAGUGUAACCUUUUUCAAAUUUGGGGUUUACAUUGUUAUUUUUAAUGCUAAUAUAGCUGUUUUUUAAGUAUGUGUGCUGCUUUGUAACAAGAAUUUGUGGCUGGAUUACAGUUAUGAAAGCUUGAUUGAACACAUUUGAGGGUGAUACAUGGUGCGUAUUGCAAUCACUAUUGAUGUGCAGUGGUUUCUAAAAGUGUCGUAGAAAUCAUGGCCCGGUGGUCGGAUUUACCGAGGUUCAGCUUAGCAUUUUGCAGGAAACCGCUCUCUGAAUCGCACUUUUAAUUCUUAUUGCUUGCUUGUUUAAUUCUGAACAAGAAUGACUUCUUGUAUGUUCUUGUAAGCCUCAUAAAACAUAGUUUAGCUGAGAAAUAAAUAAUUGUGAUGUAUGCCAUGUAUCGCCAAAAAACAUACAUAUAGCAAUGUUACUUUUAUUUUUCAGAUAUAAAAUGCAGUCUAAAUUGUAAUUCUCAGUUGCAUUAAACACUCACAUGUGUUGAAACCACGAAUAUUAUUUUCAGAAUGACCGUUUGCGAAAGACAACCAGAAAAUCUAUAGCGACCAUUCCUGAUCAGCUGUGAACAGUAUGUAAGAUGCAAAGCUGUAAGGAAUUAUUGUCCCCAUAAGAAAAAUGAAUGUUCCUUUAACUUGUUUUUUUUCUUAUGUUUUUUACUUGCUGGAAAAGUACCACUAUGUGUGUGACCUGCAGACUGGGUGCCGUAACCUGCCGUACUCUUAUGUGGUGUAUAUCUGUAACGUCUCACUUCCGUAGUUGGAUUGUAUGUAAAUGUAUGUCUAACGGAUGUGUGUGUAUGUUCGAGUGUUUUGGGGUUUUUCUGCAUGCAUAAAGUUUUUUAUGGAUAAUUGUAGCAAUGAGUAACACAGCAACAUUAAUCUUUUUACAGUGUUGGAAAAAUUAAAUAAAUGUAAAGUAUUCAAAA